CAAAAUCCCCGAGCAAGCUUCGAGUCGAUCUAGAAGAUAUUGACAGCAACACUGCUUACGCCGAAUACGACAUGUUUGCAGUAGCGACUGAAAGUGAGAAGUAUCAGUUGAGCGUUGGGAAAUAUUCAGGUAAAUUGUUUGAAGCAAAUGAAAGUAAUUGCUUUAAUUUAACUAGUGCCAUUUAGUGGUUUCGAGAACGGCCUAAAAGUUUUUUGUUCAUUUGUAUCAAGUGCAGUGUCGCCACAUAGGCAUUAUCCAUGAAGACUAGUAGUAUUAGUAUUUACUUUUUAAAACUAUAACUCAGUUUUGUCGACCGAGGGUAACGGUGAUUUGUGUCUUUGCUUCUUAGGUAAGGUUGCAUGGAUUACAUGACGUCUCUGGGAAUAUCUCGCAAGAGCUAAUUUUGAGUUUUUCUUUACUCUAGGAACAGCUGGCGACUCCCUUACUCAACAUCAUGGCUAUCCCUUUUCAACCAAGAAUUGGUGCCAUGACAACAUUAUAACCUGUGCUGAGCUGCUUAAAAGGGGCUUGUUGUCUGCUGACUAUUCUUUCUUAAACCUGAACGGUGUCUAUCGUCAUGGAAAGGACUCAGCCACUUUUGGAGUUUUCUGGUAUCACUGGAAAAGAUACCACCGUUCUGUGAAGAGGGCUGAGAUGAAAAUCAGACCGCUGGAUUUUUAG